CUCCGUGUGUGUGUUCCAGUCAACAGUGCAUUGUUGUGCGGACCUUGUAUGCAUGUGUACCAGGACAGGCAGUGUGUGGUUAAAGAGUGUGUAUCAGGACAGUGUGAGGUUAGAGAGUGUGUAUCGGGACAGUGUGAGGUUAGAGAGUGUGUAUCAGGACAGUGUGAGGUUAGAGAGUGUGUAUCAGGACAGUGUGUGGUUAGAGAGUGUGUGGUUAGAGAGUGUGUAUCAGGACAGUGUGUGGUUAGAGAGUGUGUAUCAGGACAGUGUGAGGUUAGAGAGUGUCUAUCAGGACAGUGUGGGGUUAGAGAGUGUGUAUCAGGACAGUGUGUGGUUAGAGUGUGUGUAUCAGGACAGUGUGUGGUUAGAGAGUGUGUAUCAGGACAGUGUGAGGUUAGAGAGUGUGUGGUUAGAGAGUGUGUAUCAGGACAGUGUGUGGUUAGAGAGUGUGUAUCGGGACAGUGUGAGGUUAGAGAGUGUGUAUCAGGACAGUGUGUGGUUAGAGAGUGUGUAUCAGGACAGUGUGAGGUUAGAGAGUGUGUAUCAGGACAGUGUGAGGUUAGAGAGUGUGAGGUUAGAGAGUGUGUAUCAGGACAGUGUGGGGUUAGAGUGUGUGUAUCAGGACAGUGUGAGGUUAGAGAGUGUGUAUCAGGACAGUGUGUGGUUAGAGAGUGUGUAUCAGGACAGUGUGAGGUUAGAGAGUGUGUAUCAGGACAGUGUGAGGUUAGAGAGUGUGUAUCAGGACAGUGUGGGGUUAGAGAGUGUGUAUCAGGACAGUGUGUAUCAGGACAGUGUGUGGUUAGAGAGUGUGUAUCAGGACAGUGUGUGGUUAGAGAGUGUAUAUCAGGGCAGUGUGUGGUUAGAGAGUGUGUAUCAGGACAGUGUGAGGUUAGAGAGUGUGUAUCAGGACAGUGUGGGGUUAGAGAGUGUGUAUCAGGACAGUGUGAGGUUAGAGAGUGUGUAUCGGGACAGUGUGGGGUUAGAGAGUGUGUAUCGGGACAGUGUGAGGUUAGAGAGUGUGUAUCAGGACAGUGUGAGGUUAGAGAGUGUGUAUCAGGACAGUGUGUGGUUAGAGAGUGUGUAUCAGGACAGUGUGAGGUUAGAGAGUGUGUAUCAGGACAGUGUGGGGUUAGAGAGUGUGUAUCAGGACAGUGUGGGGUUAGAGAGUGUGUAUCAGGACAGUGUGGGGUUAGAGAGUGUGUAUCAGGACAGUGUGUGGUUAGAGAGUGUAUAUCAGGACAGUGUGAGGUUAGAGAGUGUGUAUCAGGACAGUGUGUGGUUAGAGAGUGUGUAUCAGGACAGUGUGGGGUUAGAGAGUGUGUAUCAGGACAGUGUGAGGUUAGAGAGUGUGUAUCAGGACAGGCAGUGUGGUUAGAGAGUGUGUAUCAGGACAGUGUGAGGUUAGAGAGUGUGUAUCAGGACAGGCAGUGUGGUUAGAGUGUGUGUAUCAGGACAGUGUGUGGUUAGAGAGUGUGUAUCAGGACAGUGUGAGGUUAGAGAGUGUGUAUCAGGACAGUGUGAGGUUAGAGAGUGUGUAUCAGGACAGUGUGAGGUUAGAGAGUGUGUAUCAGGACAGUGUGUGGUUAGAGAGUGUGUAUCAGGACAGUGUGAGGUUAGAGAGUGUGUAUCAGGACAGGCAGUGUGUGGUUAGAGUGUGUGUAUCAGGACAGUGUGAGGUUAGAGAGUGUGUAUCAGGACAGUGUGUGGUUAGAGAGUGUGUAUCAGGACAGUGUGAGGUUAGAGAGUGUGUAUCAGGACAGGCAGUGUGUGGUUAGAGUGUGUGUAUCAGGACAGGCAGUGUGUGGUUAGAGUGUGUGUAUCAGGACAGUGUGUGGUUAGAGAGUGUGUAUCAGGACAGUGUGAGGUUAGAGAGUGUGUAUCGGGACAGUGUGAGGUUAGAGAGUGUGUGGUUAGAGAGUGUGUAUCAGGACAGGCAGUGUGAGGUUAGAGAGUGUGUGGUUAGAGAGUGUGUAUCAGGACAGGCAGUGUGAGGUUAGAGUGUGUAUCAGGACAGUGUGAGGUUAGAGAGUGUGUAUCAGGACAGUGUGAGGUUAGAGAGUGUGUGGUUAGAGAGUGUG